AUGAGGGAGAUCGGUCAGAUCUAUGAAUCAUGUUCAUCUGUGAAGAAGAACAAGAAAGACCUGCAGUUUGACUUCUCUUCUCUCCCGAGUCUUGCAGCAGAGAUGAUGAUCUCUGGAUUUCCACUGGAGCUGAUGGAUGGAGAUGCUGCUCAUGUUCCUGUGAUCUGGAUCUCUGCUGUUCUAGAUGAACUCAUCCAGAAACUGGGAGACCAGAGAGUCUUUGUGCUGUCAGUUUUAGGGCUUCAGAGCUCUGGGAAAUCCACCAUGCUGAAUGCCAUGUUUGGACUCCAGUUUGCCGUCAGUGCUGGCAGGUGCACCAGAGGAGCUUUCAUGCAGCUGGUCAAAGUGUCAGAGGAGAUGAAAACACAGAUGAACUCUGACUAUAUUCUGGUUGUUGAUACUGAGGGUCUUCAUGCUCUUGAACUUGCUGGAAGAUCAACAAGACAUCAUGACAAUGAAUUGGCCACAUUUGUUGUUGGUCUUGCAAAUCUGACCUUGAUCAACAUCUUUGGAGAAAACCCAUCUGAGAUGCAGGACAUUCUUCAAAUUGUUGUUCAGGCUUUGCAGAGAAUGAAGAAGGUCAGACUGAAUCCCAGAUGUGUGUUUGUGCAUCAGAAUGUUUCAGACAUCACAGCUGGAGAGAAAAACAUGGAGGGAAGGAGACGACUGCAGGAGACAUUGGAUAAGAUAACAAAACUCACUGCUAAAGAUGAAGUGUGUGAUGCAGAAUGUUUCAGUGAUGUCAUUGAAUUUGAUGUUGAGAAUGAUGUGAAGUAUUUUGCUCAGCUCUGGGAGGGCAGCCCACCCAUGGCACCACCAAACCCAUCAUACUGUGAGAAUAUUCAAGAACUAAAGAAAACUAUUCUUUUUUUUCAUGCCUCAAAACCAGAUGGAAUGAUGCUGAGACACCUGAAAGAUCGUAUUAAAGAUCUCUGGGAGUCUUUACUGAAUGAACGUUUCGUCUUCAGUUUUCAAAAUUCUCUGGAGAUUUCAGCCUACAGGAAACUGGAGAGAAAAUACAGCAAGUGGUCCUGGAGUCUUCGUAGUGCCAUGAUGGGAAUUGAGAACAAACUACACAACAAAUUAGAAAAUGAAGCAAUUCAUGAGAUUGAGGAAACUGAUCUUCAAACAGAACUAAAGAAGACAAGUGAAGAAGUGGAAAAGUCAAUGUCUGAUUUCUUUGAGAAAGACAAAGAUAAAGACACACUGAUUAAAUGGAAAACAUCAUUUGAAAUCAAAGUCAAAGAGCUUCAGGAAAACAUUGUGAAAGAAACAAAAAAGAAAUUAAAUGAGAGUCUUCAUCAGCAAGACCUGAAGAAAAAGACUGAUGCUCAGAGGACAGAUCAUGAAAACCUGAGGUUUAAGGCAAGUUCUUUGCUCUUUUCAAACAAAGACAAAGGAAAUAAUGAAGAAACACUGAAGAUAAAGACUUACACUCAGAGGACAAAUCAUGAAAACACUCUCUAUGAAAAGAGUAAAGAAAUUGUCUUAAAACUCAAAAACAAAGCAAAUGAUGAAGAAGCACUAAAUAAAGAGUUUGAUCUGUUUUGGGAACAGAGUGUGAAGAAGAUCUUCACAGAAAUUCCUCCAAUCAAAGACAUUGACAUAAUGAGAGAUGUGAGAGAGAUCCUCCCUGAAGACCACAUUAAAGAGGAGAGUGAGUACAUCAAGAUUUUCACAGUGUCCAGUUAUUUUGAAUAUAUUAUUUUCAAAAAAUCCACAAAACAUCCGGUUAUAAGGGCUAUAAACAAUUUUUUCAUAAGCGUUAAAGCAGCAUUUGGAUACUUCCGAACUCUGUCUCAAGAGAGUGAAGCUGAAAUCAAAUCAUUUGUCACAGAUGUUGCUCAGGAGACAGACAGAAUGAUUCAGUCAUUUAACAUUUCAGAGAUGGGCUAUAACAUCAGCUACAUUCAACAACUCACAGAUUACAUCAAGAAGAGAGUAACAGAACAUGAGGAAGGACGAGUGAAAUAUGUGUUCAAGAAGGAAUUCUUUGUGGAUUUGGUUCUUUCCAUCUGUAAGAGAGCAAACAAGAUGAUAUCCGACCAACACAGAAAGUUCAAGGAAGCAAUAUAUGUUAGGAAGAAAAGAGAAGAGUACUACAGUAUUUUCCAGAAAUACUGUCAUGGAGCAAAAUCAGUUGCCAUUUUUGGAGAGAUCGUCUGUCAGAAACUUAAAGAGCCCAUUGAACAGAGUGUCUACAAGAAGACUGCCAGAGAUCUGGCUGAUGAAAUGAGAUCAAACUGUGAAUCACUGAAUGGAAACAGAUCAAAUCUGGAGAAACACAUCCUGAAGACACUGGCAGAAGAGGAGGAUUUUGACAAAUACAUGAACUACAUUCAGAAUCCCAAAGAUCACUUCAAGAGUUUCAUCAGAGAUGAAGUCAGUCAGUAUGUCACUGAUAAGUUCAGUGUCAGUGUUUUACCCAAGAUGAAGAAGAACAUUGAACUCCUGCAGCAGAAGAUAAUGGAAGCAGAACAUGAAUCUACUGAACAUGUUCAAGUGAACAGAGGAGCUGUUGGUUUGUGGAUGAAUUGUUUCACACAGCAGCUCUCAGAUGUGCUGAUCUUCUCUGAAAAAGACCUCAGUGGAGAGAAACAUGAUGAUUUUGAUGAUUUCAACCUUCUAGAAGAUGUGAUAAGACAAGAACUCCCUGCUAUAAUGUCUGACAUCAGCAGUAGAUUCAACACAGAGACUUUUCCUGUAAAUCUGGACCAUAAGUUCAGACCAGAUGAGCUUCUGAUUGAUCACUUCUGUCAGUGCUGUUGGGUUCAGUGUCCGUUCUGUGGAGCCAUCUGCACCAACACCAUAGAAAACCAUCAUGGAGAUCACAGUGUUCCUUUCCACCGUAAUAUUGGACUAAAUGAAAAAUAUUACAGAAAUAAUAUCUUCUCUACCCAUAUCUGCACAUCAGCAGUAACAAGCAGCACUCUAUAUUUUUAUCCAAGUGACUCAGAUGAUAACGUGUUAUAUAGAGAUUACAGAAGCGCAGGAGGAGUUUAUGCAGACUGGAGUAUCACUCCUGAUCUCUCUGAACUGCCCUACUGGAAGUGGUUUGUGUGCAGAUUCCAGAAAGAUCUUGAAAAGCAAUACAAUAAAACAUUUGAGGGGUGUGUUGAGAUAACAGAUGAAUGGAAUAAAUACUCAAAACUGAAUGCUAUUGAGAGUUUGAAUAAAUACCUCUAAAAUGAGACUUAGAUUCUCUGAGAUUCUCCACAUUUCACAGUCAGAAGAGAACUUCUUCAAAUACACUAAGAGGAUUAAAGAUUUCAGUUCUUCAUGCGAGUAUCUGUGAAAUGAUCUUAACUUCAAAACAACAUGAUUAAUGUACAUGUUUCAUGCUUUAUUACAAACCAAAAAAUAUCUACAAGACUGUCGAUGACAUAUGAUAAACAUGUGAAUAAUCAUGGGCUGUUAAAUCUCAGUGCUGGUGUGCAGACAGUCGGAAGAAAAUUGAGAGAUAAAAAUGUGUAAAUAAUUGAACAAAGUCUUUUAAAAUCGAAUGUUUCAGAUCUGUUAGUCUGAUCUAUAUGAAAAUAACUCCAGUGCCAAUGUACUGCAUGCUACACAAAUAAUGUCACAUCACAGAGGACACAAU